AUGGACAACCUAGGAGGCUUCGAUCCUUCGACCAUGACAUAUUUCUCUACUCAGAUAGCGCAUCCAGGCGCCGGUGGAAACGAUCUUUUCCACGACAUGAUGAUACCCAUGGAAAUGCCCGACCACCACGCGACCUACGGCUACGGAGGGUACGUCAGUCCCAUGCUGGCGCGCACAGAAGCGCCUUCUGAUGUCGGAGGGAACAGGAGCGAGGACAUGAACUUGCACAAUAUACACGCGCAAACAACGCCUCAGCUCAAGCGGUUCCCGAGCACAUACGAAGACCCAUUUUCGGAUGUUGUCAGCGCGUUCGAUCCCAAUAUUGGCGCUGAGCAACAUGAUUCUGAGACACCUUCGAUUGAUCGAGAUAACAAGCUGUUGAGCUUCUCGCUGCCGCAUUUCGACCAUACAUUGUUGGAUUAUACAUACCGAAGAACAACCAUCUCGCUGUCAGCGCAGCUGCAUGGGAUGUUCUUCCUUGCCGAGUCGCCAUGGGCAUCGGCUGAGAACGCACAGCCCGCGCCGAAUGAGUUGACAUGCUAUAGGAGGAACCUAUUUCAGAUUACGGGAGAGAUCACAAUACCUCGGACGCUGCGGUACAUCAUGACAGAGCAAGGGGAGCAGAUACCAAUUCUUGGGCAGGAACUCAUGAUCAGUGCUACGGAGUCAACAGAAGGCAAUCCAGUGAAGAUCAUAUCAGUGCCGUGGAAGACACCCGUGAAUCCUGCUGCGUCUGCGCCUGAAGAUAAGGCGGAGAGAGAGCCUCCAUCGAUACCUUUGGAUCUGAUGAAUGUGCAGGACAUGGACUCUGACUAUGCUAGCUUCCCGUUUCAAUGGAAGAGGCUGCAAUUCCGAAUAGCUACCGCAAACAACGGCCGGCGGAAAGAGCUACAACAGCACUUCGUGGUACGCCUGAGAGUGAUGGCGACACUAGCCACAGGAGCAAAGAUACCCAUCUGCGAGAUCCGCUCAGGAGCCAUCAUCGUGCGCGGACGAAGUCCUCGAAACUUCCAAUCUCGCAAAGACCUCCCCUUGAGUGGCGCCGGUACGCACACCCGGAAAGGCUCGAACAUGCCGGGAAGCCAGGCCGGUCGCAGCACGUCCAACGACUCUGCCGGCGGCGGCAUGGCUAAGAUUCCAGAAAACGGCCCAACGUCCGCUCCCAUCAAAGCCGAAGGCCCAGCGCAAGCUCAAGUACAAUCCUAUUUCGAGGCGCCAAACGGCGGCAACCUCGACUUCUUCGACUGGCACGCCAUCUCCCAAACACAACCGGGCGCCAUGACCGCCCUCCCACCCGCCGUCGCUCCACAUCAACCCGACAACAUCUACGCCGAAUCCUCCCCCGAACUCACCCGUUCCUCCAAACCCCCGGCGCCGCCGCAGGCACCUAUAAGCCUCUCCCUCGUCGAAGAGGAAACCCCUCACACGCGCAGAUCCAACUCCCCCUCCGACUCAGCACCGCCAGCGAAGCGCAUCCAUCUCCCGCCGCGCCCGCCUUCGUUCUCGAUCAACACGAUCAACAGCCCUGAUGAAAGCGCGGAUCUGCUAUAUGAGUAUUUUCCAUUGGGGCUGGAUGACUGGAUGCCGCCGGUCGACGCGGUUUAUAGGCCGCAUGUGGUGCAUCAUACGAAGUUGCCGAGUGAUCCAAGGGAUCCCAAGGGCGCGGGGAGGGGGGCGAGGAGUAAGCGGUAUUUUGUUGAGGAUGUGACUUAG